GCUAAUGUCGCGGGCCGGGCAUCUCCCCCACACCAGACGGGCAUGCCGGUGCGGUGUAAGGCGUCUCUCUCUCUCUGUCUCUGGGUUUUCGACGAGGAUCGACAGCCGCUAGGCCUCAUUCCAGCUGUCUCGCGAACAUCGCAUCAUUCAGCUGCUGUGGCACGGAAUUCUCAAUCAUUCCCACCCCGCGAAGAAGCGGAGGGUGGAUGGGGUUCAUGUUUGUUUAUAAUGAGCGGCGGGGAACCCUCUUCCUUCGUCAAAGCUUUCUUGACAGUCUCGUCACUACAGUUCUCGCUCGAACCCGCCGAUAAUACCAAAAAGCCUAGCUCUCGUUCAUAGGCUUUCUCUCCCUCCACUCUCGUUCUGUUUAGCCCGUCAUGAAGUUCACUCUCAGCUCCCUCGUGCUCUCGGCAGCAUCGAGCCUCGUUGCGGCCCUGCCUAUCAACGACACCCAGGUCUACGAUGCCAUCAUCGUCGGCGGUGGCCCGUCUGGUCUCAGUGCCGCGAGCGCCCUCGGCCGUGUGCGCCGUAACACCCUCCUCAUCGACUCUGGCGAGUACCGCAACGCGCCUACCAGACACAUGCACGAUGUUCUCGGCUUCGAUGGCGUCACUCCCGCAUGGUACCGCUACGCCGCUCGCCAGCAAAUCUCCCACUAUGACACUGUCACCUUGACCAACGGCACCGUCACCAAGAUCGGAGGCAGCGAUGCCACCGGCUUCGUCGUCUCCGCCACCUACGCCGACAACUCCACCAAGUCGGUCCGCGCGCGCAAGAUCAUCUUGGCCACCGGUCUGCAAGACGACCUCCCCGAGACUCCGGGUCUGUGGGAGAACUGGGGCAAGGGCAUCUACUGGUGCCCCUGGUGCGACGGCCACGAGCACGCAGACCAAGCCCUCGGCCUCCUCGCCUCAACCUUCGACGACCUCCCCUCCCUCGUCCGCGAGAUCCUCACCCUCAACACGGACAUCAUCGCCUUUGCCAACGGCACCGACACCCCCGCCGCCCGCGCCGAGACGGAGGCCAAGAACCCCAAGUUCCAGGAGUACCUCGACCUCCACAACGUCACCAUCGACAACCGCACCAUCACGGCCAUCACCCGCCUCAAGGACGGCGGCAACCCGCCCCACGACCCCUCCCUCCCCACCGCACCCGAGGAGGAUCUCUUCUCCGUCAGCUUCAGCGAGGGCGAGCCCGUCGAGCGUGCCGCGUUCUUCCUCAGCUACCCCGACGAGCAGCGCAGCACCAUCGGCGCAGAGGCUGGCGUGCAGCUCUGGGGCGGCCGUCUGGCUGCUGAUGUGAGCAAGGGAUACGCGACCAACGUGGCUGGCAUCUACGCCAUUGGCGAUGCAAACUCGGAUAACAGCACCAACGUCCCUCAUGCGCUGUACACGGGCAAGAGAACUGCUGUCUUCUUGCACGUCAAGCUCGCAAAGGAGGACCAGGCCAAGGAGACUGGUGUUAAUGUCACUGCUCUGAGGAGAGAGUUGGACCUGGAGGAGCGUUCCAUCUGGGAUGUCGCCAACGGUCAGCCCACCGACAUCCUGUAUGCCGGCGAGUACGACCAGUAA